CUGUUCCUAUAUAUGUAAUUGUUACAUCUCGGUAUGACCCAGUUUCAAUUAGUUAACUUCUUGCCGAAAUACAGAUUUUAUAGUAAAAAAGAUUUAAUUAAAAAUUAUAAAUAUUGAAUAAGAAAUGGCUGACCAGAAGAAGAAGCAAUUCACCAAGGUCAACCAGCUGCGCCCGUUAGACACUGGGCUUAACUUAACUGUAAAGGUUGUCAAUGCAAAGACGAUAGCACCGAGAGGACGUGCUCAAGGCCGCCUUGCUGAAUGCUUGGUGGGAGAUGAUACGGGAAUUAUUAUUUUUACCGCCAGAAAUGAUCAAGUGGACUUGGUGAAAGAUGGUACCACCCUUGUCUUGUCAAACGCAAAAAUCGACAUGUUUAAGGGAUCAAUGAAGCUUGCAGUCGACAGAUUCGGCCGUGUUGAAGUUAGUGAGCCUGCCAAUUUCUUAGUGAAAGACAAUGUCAAUAUGUCGUUGAUUGAAUUUGAGCGUGUUGAUGUAGUGGUUUGAGGCUGCUUGGAAUUUAGGCCUCUUCUCAAACCAUUCCAACAACGUUUUAUUUGCAUACGUUAAGGAUUUUAAAGUUUCAUUUAGGAGAAGUGAAUUCAUCUUGCUAAAAACGGGCUGCUGGUAUUUGAGCAUUCAUCCCUCGUGUUUUAUGUCACGAUGUAUCUACAACAAUAAUUUUGUGGAGCUUUUCGCGAAAUGUAGAAGAUUGCAAUUUAUCUGAUAUCGUAAAAUCUUCUUGUUUAUUCCG